GUUUUACGCGUAGGUGUUGGAGCUAAGUAUUUGAUAUACGUAUUUAGUUAUUUGAUUGACAAGUAGUGUUGUUUAAUCAUUUACUUAUUUAGGUUGUAUGUAUAUUCAAAUAGCUUUUUCUCGUGAUAGUUUUUAGUUCAGUUUAAUUCAUUGUUGUUUAGAUAUAUUUAGUCUUUUGAUUGUUCGCUAAUUGGGUAACACUAUGAGCACCUGUGGUUAUUUUUAGGAGUAGGCAGGUAAAGGACCAGCAUGCACCUGGGUAGGCCUAUUGUUUAUUACCAGUUCCUUUGUUCUUUUGUUGGUUUGCUUGUUUGGUUUAGUCAAAUACAUUAUCAGAAAAACAGAAUCCUGAAAGGACAACGCUUUCUUUGGUCUGCGUGAACCACAAAACCCAUAAUGCAUCAGUGGCAAUUUGAUUUAUGUUUUUUUAAUUUUUUAAUGGACACAUGGCCGCUACAGUCGGGUUUGGGUUAAUGCAUGUCCUCCCAUGUUGAGGACGGCUCAUUGUGAUGUUCCUCUGAGGAGAACGUGGCGCAGCAUCAAGUUAUGCUUUGACUUUUUAGUUCACGUUCACGAGUUGCGAGCAGCGUAUUGAAGAUGUUGCUUCUGAGGUUAUUCUCAGAGGAGGUGAAGUUUCCCACGAUGGCUGCUCCCGGCCGGUCGGUCCUGAUGCUGCAGCUCUUCGGCUGGAUGUCAGUCGGCAUGGCCUGUUUCUGUGACCGGUACCCCUGGGGGUCCUGGUCCGCCUGCUCCCGGACCUGCAACUACGGUACGCAGCAGCGCCACAGGACAUUUAAUUAUCAGGAGGAUUAUUACUGGAAGAGCAGCUGCCGUCAGCUGUGUAAGAAGCAUGACGGGAGGGCUUGUAACCAGCACAGCUGUCCAAUCAACUGCCUGCUGACGGACUUCGGGGCGUGGUCAGACUGCUCGCCGUGCGCCAAGAAACAGUUUCGGACGCGGUCUCUCCAGAGGCCGUCCCAGUUCGGGGGAGGGGCUUGCAGCGCGGAGCUGACCGAGGAGAGGCCCUGCCACCCCCCCACAGGGUGCGGGUUAGCCCCCAUCGACUGCAGGAGGGACUUUAAGUGUGACAAUGGACGUUGCAUCAACUCGACGCUGACGUGCAACCGGCAGAACGACUGCGUCGAUAACUCCGAUGAAAGAGACUGCGGCGACUUCAAAAUAGUGUGUCCGGCGGAGAAGAGGGCGGCCCCCGGGGCGGACCUGGUUGGGAACGGCUUUGACGCUCUGGCGGAGGAGCAGAGGGCGGCCGUCCUGGACAACACGUUCAUGGGAGGAAGUUGCAUCAUCAAGAGGCCUCGGACCGUGCUGCUCUAUUAUCGCAUCCCUCACAACUUUGAGAGCUUUGACAUUAAGGUCGGACAGCUGGACGACUUCAGCACCGAGCCCCAGCAUCUGCACACCGAGCCCGUCGACUUGAAGACGUCCCGCUCGUCUGGAAACGAACAGCAAGAUGGGAACUUCUUUUUCUUCCCCAUCUUUUUCUUGAGCAGGGGAUCUAUGAAGCGUUCCGGCUUGAGCAAGGACGCUUUCGAAGCGUCAAAGAAAAAGGACUCCAAAUUCUUCCGGGUGCACCAGGUUCUUCCCGUGUCCACGUUCCAGGUGAGAGCCCCGGGGGACCUGGUCUUGUCGCAGCCCUUCCUCCAGUUCCUCCACGCUCUUCCUCUCGAGUACAACUACGCCCUCUACAGGGACAUCUUCCAGCGCUUCGGAACACACUACUACAGCUCAGGCAAACUGGGAGGCGUCUACAACCUGUUGUACCAGUACAGCCGAGAGGAGCUCACCAGUUCAGGUGUAACGGAGGAGCGCAUCAAAAGCUGCCUGGGCCGAGAGACCGCCUGGUCCGUGCUCAUCUACUCCGAACACAGCAGUGUGACCCGAUGCUCCGACGACAGGAUGACUGAGAAAUAUACAGGCUCGUACAUCCAGGCAGCAGAGAAGUCGUUCUCCAUGGUGAGAGGAGGUCGAACCAGAGAGGCGGCGGCUCUGGCCUGGGAGAGGCAGGGCGCCACUCCGGACCGAACGUCCUACAAGAACUGGGCCAAGUCCGUUCUCGACAACCCCGUUGUGGUCGAAUCCAAGGCGCUUCCCAUCAUAGACCUGGUUCGGGGGAUCCCGUGCGCUGCCACGAAGAGGAGGCACCUGAGGAAGGCCCUGCUUCAAUACAUGGAGGAGUUUGAUACCUGCAAGUGCUCUCCCUGCCCCAACAACGCCAGGCCGGUUCUCUCCGGCACAGAGUGCAAGUGCGUUUGCCAAAUCGGCACAUUUGGCUCCCACUGCGAGACGCGAGCUCCCGACUACACGUCAGAGGCGGUGGACGGUUACUGGAGCUGCUGGGGCCCGUGGAGUCGCUGUGGAGCCUCAAUGAAGAGACAUCGGAGGAGGAAGUGCGAUAACCCCGCCCCCCUCGGAGGAGGCCAACCUUGCGAGGGUUCAGACCGGGAUGAGGAUCCGUGUCACAUCUCCAUCUUUGAAAAACACGAGUCAUGUGACAAUGACGACGACUUCUCUGUCGGCUGGAGGGACGAGCUGCCCCCCGGUGUGCAGGGCUGUCUGAGGCCCCAGAGGCCGGCCAACAGCUUCCUCAGGAAAGCGAGGCAGUAUUACACCUUUGGGGAGGACGAAGAGUUCCAGUGCUUCUCUGGGUUCGACCUGGAAGGCUUCCAGUACAUCAACUGCCUUCCCGACGGGUCGUGGACUCAACCGAUCGGACGGUGCAUCAGGAAGCUGUGCCUCCCUCCCCAGAUCCCCGAUGGCAUGACGCUGUUCCCCAGCAAAGACGAGUACCGAGUGGGCGACUCGGUGGGUUUGGACUGCAACGAGUCCAACCUGCUGCCGCGGCCGUCGGGCUUCUACCGGUGCAGCGACGGCCUCACCUGGGAGCCCCCGAUACCCGCUGACCUCCACUGCACCGACGAGGAGCCCUUUGUUCCGGAGGGCCGGUGUGGUGUCGGAGAGAAACGCCAGGACUCCAAAUGCGUCUGUAUUGAACGGGAGAGCUGCCCCUCCCGACCGGAGGCCGUCUGCGUCCUGAACCUCGCGGUCGGCGUCACCGUGCCGUCGUCCGUCUGCUCCUUCCACGCCGGCCGCUGCCACGGCGACCCGCUCUUCUUCGUCAACGAGGGCGCGUGCGACGAGGCCGACGUGGCCGGGGUGGAGUGGGCGGAGUUCAGAGCCAACAUGUCCGCCAAGAGCUCCGUGCGGGAGCCGUGCGGCCUGGACACGUGUUACGACUGGGAAACCUGCUCCGCGUUAAAGAAGUGCGAGUGUAGGGCGGCUCGGGACUGCCCCCGAGCUCAGGACCACAUGUUCUGUGUGAAGCUGACCAGAACCCAGGGGACCCGCAGCAUGGACUUCUGUUGGGCCGCCGCCCUCAAAUGUGCCCGCUACCAGCUGGAGGUCCUCUACGAGGGCACCUGUGAGUCCAGAUGAUCCGUGAAAAGGAGUUCAGCUAACUUUGCUAUUCUUUAAAAAAAAAUUACAUUUACGAAAUAAAAGUCGACUGGAAACCAACUCAGAACUGAAGCACAGCUAACGGAAAACAGAAGUUUCUGGAUGCUCCCGUUAGCUUGUCUGGGAUCACUGAAAAAUUUAGGGGCCGUCUGAAACCAAAAAUGGUUCUUCAGGGUGAUGCCAUAGAAGAACUAUAUUUGGUUCGACAAAGAACCAUUCUUGAAGGCACCAUUUUUGAUUCUUCAAAGAAUCAUUUCCUUAAAGAGUUCUUUAAAGAACCUAUAAAGGUGCCUAAAAGAACCUUCAAUACAUGGUUAUGUAAGGUACAAUCUCUGGUUCCACAAAGAACCUUUCAAACCAGGGUUCUUUAAAGAACCAUUUCCUUAAAUAGUUCUUCAAAGAACCUAUAAAGGUGCCUCAAAGAACCUUCAAAACAUGGUCCUUUAAGGCACCAUUUCUGGUUCCACAAAGAACCUAUAAAGGUGUCUCAAAGAACCUUCAAAACGUGGUUCUUUAAGUGCCCAUUUUUGGUUCUUUAAAGAACCAUUUCCUCAAAGAGUUCUUCAAAGAACCUCUAACGGUGCCUCAAAUGGAAAAAAAGGUUCUUCAGUAGGUGAUGGUUCUUCGUAGAACCACAAAGCUUUUUAAAGAACCCUUUAAGAACCUUUAUUUUUCCACAUAAGACGCUUCCACGGGAAACCGUGGACAACAAUUCAUCAUCGGACUUUUACCAAUUUAAGGUACUAAUACUACUAAUACUGGAUAUCAGGUGGCCACCUGUCACAUGUGAGUACGGGACAGGUGGGCUACAUAUGGGAUAAGCUUUUACUAAAUGUGUGUGUCAUUUGAAUUAUAUAUUGGGGCACAAGAGCAAAAAUAUCACAUCUGGUGACCUGAACAGUGUGUGAAGCACCCAUUGCACAACAUACUGUAAUAUUCCAUUGAUGCUCGCCUUAAUAUUCCUGGAGUACCUCGACUGCUUCUGAAGAUUAAACAUUAUUACCGUUUAUAUACAGUUCACAGAGGGAAAUCCUGCUCGCUUCACAGCAAUAAUAAAAACAUUGUUAUUUGA